CUGUCGCCCGGAGCCGGGAGGGAGGAGGGAUCGGACAGCGGAGGCUCGUCUUCCCCAAGAGUGCGCGGCGGACCCUCCCGUGCCCAAUCGCGCUCUGCCUGGGUCUCUGCCUAGCCGCGGCCGCGGCCACCACGACGCGCGCUUCUGCCGCUGCCUUUGCCUCUGCUGGAGAUACCACAGCUAUGUCUGCCUUCAACCUGCUGCACUUGGUGACGAAGAGCCAGCCCGUGGCCCCGAGAGCCUGCGGGCUCCCCUCAGGGUCAUGUAGGGAUAAAAAGAACUGUAAGGUGGUCUUUUCCCAGCAGGAACUGAGGAAGCGGCUGACACCCCUACAGUACCAUGUCACUCAGGAGAAAGGAACUGAAAGUGCCUUUGAAGGAGAGUACACACAUCACAAAGAUCCUGGAAUAUAUAAAUGUGUUGUCUGUGGAACUCCGUUGUUCAAGUCAGAAACCAAAUUUGACUCUGGUUCAGGCUGGCCUGCCUUCCAUGAUGUGAUCAGUUCGGAGGCCAUCGAGUUCACAGAUGACUUUUCCUACGGGAUGCACAGGGUGGAAACCAGCUGUUCUCAGUGUGGUGCUCAUCUCGGGCACAUUUUUGACGAUGGACCUCGUCCGACCGGCAAAAGAUACUGCAUCAACUCAGCAUCCUUGUCCUUCACUCCUGCAGACAGCAGUGAGGCAGAAGGAAGCGGCAUCAAAGAGAGCGGCAGCCCAGCAGCAGCAGACAGAGCUGAGCUGUAAAAUCAGGGGUAGCGGUGAAAACAAAGUGUUCUUAAUGCACAACUGAUUGAAAAAAACCAAAAAGUGGUUUAUCUUAACAGAGCUAUUUUUUCAGAAGCUAUAAGGGCAGUUUAUGCUGCUGAAAAUGUUUCUCUCUCUCUCUCUCUCUCUCUCUCUCUCUUUCUCUCUCUCUCGUCUAGAUGGCAGUUCUGCCCAUCCAUGUAUUUUGCUGUUGACUAGGUCCAGAACUGUGUGUAGCUCUUGCAAACGGAGAUGGCUUUGUGGAGCUUCUUGGUAAGCUUCUAUGUAGCCUUGGCAUCAUUUUCUUCCAAUGCAUACCUUCCUUCAAGUUUUGUCCUUGUAGGUACCCUCCUUUUGAUUAAGAGGUGGAGGUUGUGUAGUGACAUCAUAGAGCUGGUGCUCAGCAGCAGAGAGGAGAACUGGCAAGGACAGAGCAUCUAGACAUGUGGCCUUUGCGAUAAAGAUGGAGUGUUGUGUUAGAUUGCUAGGCUGCGAUAACGAUGGAGCGCUGCGUUAGAUUGCUAGGCUGCACGGAAAGUCUGAGCUAAGGUUGUUUUUUCUCACUCGAAGGGUGUGAAGGUCUGAAGUCGUUCCUUAUGUUACAUUGUUGCCAGAUGUGAGAGGACUCAGGGAAGGUUGCCGCAGAGAUGCAAAACAUUACCUCUGGGCAGGUCUUUAUUUUAUAUUUUCCACUGAAAACAGCAGAAUGUAAGACAAGUGUAAAAUACUAGGCUCCAUUUUUUUUUUUUUUUUGUCCAAAGUUCACAAAGAAGAAUGCUUGCCCAUUGCCUCUGCAUAAGCCUUUCUCUGCAUGCCUCAUGUGAACUCCAUCUGGACGAGCAUUUUAGAAGAUUUCCCCCGUGCAAAAUAAAAUAUUAGGGACAACACACUUCAUCAGUAGGAAAGAGAGAGAUCAGAGAAGACCUAGUAUGAAGUCUUGAGCACUAAAUAAUCCCAUGCUGUGCAAAAAGGCCAACAGGAUCUCACAGGUACUGCACCUAAACCAGACUUUCACAUAGCAUCAGAAGGUCGGAGCAAGGAUGUCGGGGAUUAAGACAGAAUAGUCAGGCCCAAGGUCCACACUUCACUGUGUGUACAAGGGACAAGCCAUUUAGCCCCAUUGUGCCUAUAUCUUCGUGUACACAAUAGGACUCAUAUCUUUAUAAAAUAUAUUGAUACUCUCAGGGCAACAUUACUAUAUUGCUGUACAAUUAAUAAGAUCAGUAUUUUAAAAUCACACUGAUCCGGUUGUAAUUGCACAGAGCAGGCCAAAUUUGCAAUGGAAGAAGCAGAGGUGCACUUGGCUGGUUGGUAUGGAAACAGCCGAAAGCCAGACCUUUAUCUUGUAGCAAUAUGGCAGGUGUCUCAGUAGUGAGCGUUGUGGUUUUUGAAUGCUAAUCCUGAAAUGUGGCUUUAAAAGACGCUUAGACUUCUAAAUUUUUUGAGGAAGACUGGCAUCUGCCCCUCGUACUCAGUAAUGAUGAUGAGAACAGGCGAGUGACAGUUGCAGACACAGUGGGAAGCAAUAAAAGCCGGGGCAAGCAAGCUGAGACUACCCAUAUCCAGCAGCUCUGCCUUUCUCAGGUACCUCCUGAAGGUCCUGCCAUCCUGCCGAGUCUUCAGUAUCACCCAGUUCUAGAGACGUCUGUGCUUUUAACUUGGAACACACAGGAAAAUUACCUAAGCACUGGGGUCCCCCCAGCUCCAGAUGUUUACCCCAAGCUCAGGGCUACUCUGCACACCCCGGGCUUCAUUCUUCUCUAGAAACAUGGGGAGAGUCCCGGGUGAGGCUUCCAGACUUCCAUAAAGUUUUCACAUCAUCUCGAAGGAUUCCAUGUAGGGUGGCUAAGGACAGACGUGGGUCUCACGGGAUAUUGUCACAGCUUGGCAUCCAUCCUUCGGAGACACACACAGCCCUUUCUGCCCACUCCCAUCUGUGUGGUGGCCUUCCCAGGGUCCCUUGGAUAUAAGCCAGAGUGUUGGAGUAGACAAAGAAGAUAAAUAAGGAGGUUCUCACUCCACAGAGAUGCUAGGUUGUUUUACUCUUCCUUCAUUUUUCUCAUACUAUAGUACUAACCACACACACACACACACACACACACACACCAAUAACGAAAAUUUUGUUUCCCUUUAACUUUUACUGUUUUGUUUUGUAACAAAAGCCAUCUUUUUCCAGCACCAACUUAUAUAUAUAAUCCUAUAUAUAUAUAUAUAUAUAUAUAUAUAUAUAUAAUCCUAUAUAUAUAUAUGUGUGUAUAUAUAUAUAUAUAUCAUCCAUUGAAAUAAAAAAAGGAAAAAGAAAGAAAAUGAGUACAUACAAUUUAAUUCCAGAUUUCUUUUUGGGGGGCUUAAGUGGCAUCAAAUUUUGGUAUAUUUCUGUCUUAUGUUAAAGAAAUAUAUUGCUAAAAUGUCAGGGAGCGCUAAUGUCAGCUGUCAAGGACUAGAUUUACUUUCGCAGGAUAUGGAGCUCAGUGAGCUGAGGUGGUGAGGUGUAUGUGAUCUGUGGGAAUUCUGCCAUUUAACACAGGAGGUUGCACGGUCUUCCUUGUCAACACCCCAGCUCUGACUGCACCGUUGGGCCAUGCAGAGAUGGGCUAGUAGGCAGGAACCACGUCCCUAUGAGUGCACAGAACAGAUCGGAAGGAAGCAGCAACAUCCAAUGUAUUUCUGAGUAUUUAAACUCUUCACUUCUUUUAUAUAUGUAAAAUCUUAAUGCAAAUGACGUAGCUGUUGGAACAAAGACUCUCCAUGUUGUUUAAAAUGUCUUGCUUUCAAUACAGAAAAAAAUACCAAUGAGAAUUAGUACCAUGUGCUGGGGGUGUGUAUGAUGCUUGAUCUAGAAAGCUUUUUAAUAACUUUUCUUCUGAUAGUUUAAAACUUUUGAAAAGUGACAAGAAACCUUCAUUGAGAAGCCUUUUUCGAUAUUUGUUGUAUACAGAAAUUCGGUAAUAAAGUUUCUUUAUAAAAA